UAUUUUUUCUAUUUUCUUUCCGUUCGCAUCCAUCACUUGUGGUUCGUGAGUAUCGUUGGAUAAGAUUAUGACCAUGAUACUUAUGCGGAGAUAAAAAAAAAGACGACGACGAAAGCCCAAAGAAGCCAUGUCCGAGCAAGAGGAAACCCCAUUGAACACUGAACUUGGUCGCCUUGACAAAUUCGUCGAUGCCGCUCCUCGUCAUGACUACACCAUUGACCAAACCAAGCAACAGUUGUGUCGGCAAUUGCCCAACGGACAACAACAAUGUAUCCAUCUGAACUUGGAAUGUAAGUCUCUUGAUGAAUUAGAAAGUGGCGUUUGAUGUACAAAAAACAAGGGGCACUGACGCUGACCCACCACUAUGGAUCCCACGGAAACCCAUAUGGAAUGUCAAAGAGUCUAACUAUAACUUAUAUCUAUUUUAGUGUCAUGAUGAUUCUUAAUUUGCUUGAAAACAAGACAAGAAAGAAAGAGAAAAAAAAAGAAAAAGGAGAAAAGAAAGUGAUGCGUGGCAGUGUUAUGAAUUGGGUCAUCAUUCGUCGCAGAUCAUUCAUAUUGAUUCCCCUUGUUUCCCUUGGUGAAAGAAAAAAAAA